AUGAGUGAACCUUCAGUCAUUCAACUGAGCAGAGCGGAGGUUUAUGUGAAUAGCCUUUCCUUUGGUGGUUCUGAUGCUGUUGCUGCUGCUUUGAGUACCAACUUCAUACAUCUGGUUGAUUUGAAUGCCAAGAAAACUAAACAAACAUACGAUGUAGCCAAAAAUGUUGUUGGAAUUCAUUUUGAUUUGUCCGGGAAUGGAGCAGUUCUGCGAGCUGUGGAUGACAGUUUUGGAAUACAUCUUUUCGAUGUUCGCUCAGGCUCCAAGAAGAAAUCGAGACUUAAUCCAAUAGUUGAGAAUCAUUUGGUUACGUGCUCCGCUACUUCUGAUAAUUACAUUGCAUUAGCUAGCUCCACUUUCCUUCAAACAGAACCUAAGAAGAAGAAGAAGAAAAACGAUGGUACCUCUUCAGAAGAUGAGGAUGAAAUAGACGAAGCUGCCAUUCCUCAUGUUGUUUCUAUAUUUGAUAUACGUGGGACCACUGAACCGUUGAUUACACUCAAGGAAUCGCAUAGUGACGCUGUUAACUGCUUGGCUUUCAUGCGUGAUGGUAAACAUCUAAUAACAGGAGGUUCUGACGGACUUAUAAAUGUCUUCGAUGUGUCUAUGUCAAAUGAAGAUGAUGCUUUGAAGAGCACAAAUCAGGCUGAGUCUUCGGUUGCAAAAGUUUGCUCUCUUUCCAAAAGAUUGUUUUAUGGAUGUACUGAUGAUAAUAAAUGUGUUGUAUAUUCUCCGAAUAGUCCUGAAGAUGUGGAUCUCCUAUUCAAGAAAUCUGCCCGUCCGGAUCAUUUCCUAGUCGAUUUGUUGAAGGGUGGACAGGAAGAACGUCCAAUAGCUAUGAUUGAAUGUGAAGAAAGUGGAAAGGUUUCUCUUUCAACUGUUUCUGUUGAUGGAAAGCAUUCUGAGAUUAUAGAAGAAUGGUCUGGACACACAGAUAUUGUAAGAAGUACCGCUUAUAACAAUGGCUUGCUCGUCACUGGAGGAGAAGACGGUAAAAUUGUUGCCAAGCAAAUUGACUUAAGAACAUCGGGUGGAGGAAAAUCCAAGAAAGAGAAAAAGAGUAAGCAUAAGAGCUUCUGA